AUGGGGUGUUUGGGCAACAGCAAGACCGCAGAAGACCAGGGCGUCGAUGAAAAAGAACGACGCGAGGCCAACAAGAAGAUCGAGAAGCAGCUGCAGAAGGAGCGUCUGGCUUACAAAGCGACUCACCGCCUGCUGCUACUGGGCGCUGGUGAGUCGGGGAAAAGCACUAUCGUCAAACAAAUGAGGAUCCUGCAUGUCAAUGGAUUUAAUCCUGAGGAAAAGAAACAGAAAAUCCUGGACAUCCGGAAAAAUGUUAAAGACGCUAUUGUGACAAUUGUUUCUGCUAUGAGUACUAUCAUACCUCCAGUUCCACUGGCCAACCCAGAAAACCAGUUUCGAUCAGACUAUAUCAAGAGUAUAGCUCCUAUCACUGACUUUGAAUAUUCCCAGGAAUUCUUUGAUCACGUGAAGAAGCUUUGGGACGAUGAAGGCGUGAAGGCGUGCUUUGAGAGGUCCAACGAAUACCAGCUGAUAGACUGCGCACAAUACUUCCUGGAAAGAAUCGACAGUGUCAGUCUGGUGGACUACACACCCACAGACCAGGACCUUCUCAGAUGCCGAGUUCUGACAUCAGGGAUUUUUGAGACCCGAUUCCAAGUGGACAAAGUAAACUUUCACAUGUUUGAUGUCGGCGGCCAGAGGGACGAGAGAAGAAAAUGGAUCCAGUGCUUUAAUGAUGUCACGGCUAUCAUUUAUGUUGCGGCCUGCAGCAGCUACAACAUGGUGAUUCGGGAAGAUAACAACACCAACAGGCUCAGAGAGUCCCUGGACCUUUUCGAAAGCAUCUGGAACAACAGGUGGUUACGGACCAUUUCUAUCAUCUUGUUCUUGAACAAACAGGAUAUGCUGGCAGAAAAAGUCUUGGCGGGGAAAUCAAAAAUUGAAGAUUAUUUCCCAGAGUAUGCAAAUUAUACUGUUCCUGAAGAUGCAACACCAGAUGCAGGAGAAGAUCCCAAAGUUACACGAGCCAAGUUCUUUAUCCGAGACCUGUUUUUGAGGAUCAGCACAGCGACAGGGGACGGCAAACAUUACUGCUACCCACACUUUACCUGUGCCGUGGACACCGAGAACAUUCGCAGAGUGUUCAAUGACUGCCGUGACAUCAUCCAGAGGAUGCACCUCAAACAGUACGAACUCUUGUGA